UUAAUUUAACUUUUAAUUUAAAACUAUUAAUAAAACGGCAAAUAAUAAAAACUAUAAAUACUAAAUACAACAUAUUGCGCAACUGCAGGGUCUUGAGACACAUGCUAACUCGCAAACUAGAGAGCUAGCGACCUAAACAGUAGCCUUCAAGUUAUUUCCUUUAAACUUAAAUAGCCCAAAAACUUACCACUUCCACACGGAUAGGUACUAGGAUAGGUACUAACUAUUAACAGUUAUUUAACCUUUAACAUGAACAUUAAUCAAACGUAAUAAUUUUUUCUGGGUACAUGAUACCAUACAGCAUCCAUAUCAAACUUGCGCGGACCGCACUAACAUUCAACUCAAGGCCGGGGCCUCAAACUAGUGUCCUGCGGGCCACAUUUGGCCUGCGGGCCGUGUGUUUGAGACCCCUGAUGUAAAAUGUAUAUUAUUAAGAACAUAUAGUACUUUAACCAAACAUUAAUUUAUCAUUUGUUAGUGCAUCUAAAAGGGCCAGUCACCCAAACGGACGAUUUGAUGACCCACGAUGACACGAUUGUGUAGCUUUACGAGAACGUACCCGGGGCCCUCCUCUCUUGCACAGAGGCGUCUUGUAACCUGCGGCGUGACCCAUAUUUAGGUUGUAAUCCAGGUAGCGGUGCCGUGUGACACCAGCGGGAGAAACAAUGAAAUACUAAAGAAACAAAAGAGGCGCACGUUUUUAGCCUGAGAUUGAAAAGAGACGACAACAUUGUGUAAUCCCUUUUGGCUAGAGUUGCUGACAGGGGAUAACCCUUUAAAAUGGCCCCCCUCUCUCCUGUCCCCCCCGCCCCUCUUGUCCAGCCCCUGUCUUUCUCCACACAGGCUGACUGACUGCCCUAAAGACACCUACUCUCACUAACCACAGGGAAUCAUCACCAGCAUCACCAGGAUCAACGGCGCCUUUGGACCAUCACCCGGUCUUCUGUCGUCCUCUGUGAAGCAGGACAGCGCUCCCCACGGGAGAGAGGUAUACAACAAACGUUUUAUUUUUAACAAUUCCGUAUCUGAGAAGCGCGCCUGUAGCUCCGUCGUCUCUUAAGCGGGAGAAGAGAAAGCCGAGCGGCCGUAUCAUGAUUCAGACUGAACGAGAGCUGUCGGCCAUGGUGCAGGAACUAUGGGACAACGACGUCAACAGACUACGACCCGGGAAGGACUACAGGAUCUCUCUGCAGGGCAAAGCUGGAGACAACAUGGCCAUCAAUGACGACAACAACGAUGGAGCAGGAUAUCCUCUCUUUAAAUUUGUGGACGAGAAUAUUUUCCAAAAGGAGACUUUUUUAGCCUUUAUCUCCUUGUUGGAUAACUAUGAGAGUGACACCGGAGAGCCAGAAAUUGUGACUCCAGAGGAAGUGGCAGAGAACCACAAAUUCCUGGACUCCAUUGUUCAAACUCCCACUAUGAAGAUAGCUCAUAAAUACCUCGUAGAGAAGAAGCUCUCUCCACAAGAUAUGACGCAGUUUAAGGAGCAGCUCUACAGGAUCUGGUUUGAACUCUAUGCAAGGAGAGGAUCCAGCAGGCCGGACUCCUCAGGGUUUGAACACGUCUUUGUUGGAGAAACCAGAGGAGGAAGAACGGUUAUUGGCUUUCACAACUGGAUCCAGCUCUACCUGCAAGAGAAGCUGGGACACAUCGACUAUAAAGGAUACAGCGUCAAUGCAAACUCACCGCAGCCCGAUGAGAACAAGCACAUUUUGGCUCUGCAGUUCAGCUGGAAGAACGGCAUCAAGCCCAAGGGCAGCAUCUUCAUCGGCGUCAGUCCAGAGUUUGAGUUCGCCCUGUACACUCUGUGUUUCCUCACCUCGCCCAACGAGCGUGUCAAAGUCCAGUUCAGUUUCUAUGACGUGGAGAUUGUCUGCCACCACUACAACCAAAAGCACAUAGGGACCACUUACCCUGUGCUCCUUAAGUACCAGAACAACACCUAAGAAUGUCAAUUUAUAGCUUGAGCUUGCAUGCAAAAAAUGUACAGGUACUGUUGUUGUCUUUUUAUUUUACAUGAAGAUGCAAUAAAACCUUACA